UACUAAUUUUAACUUUACAGCAAUGUGGCAGGCCGUCAAGGACGUUUUCCCAAACGUUUCCAUAAAAGGGUGCAUCUUUCAUUGGUCGCAGGCAGUUAUGAGGAAAGUAGGAAACAUUGGGCUGAAGCAGACGUACGAGGGAAAACAGGCCAUACAUUGGUAUAUUAAGAGAUUACUGGCAUUACCGUUCCUGCCAGCUGAACACAUCGAGAUAGCUUUUAAUAAGCUGAAGACCUUAGCUUCCACGACAGAACUUAAAGAACUGAUUGAGUACAUCGAGAACCAAUGGCUGGGGAACUCUGUUUGGUCGGUGAGACAGUGGUGCGUCUAUAGACAGAGUGUGCGCACCAAUAAUGAUGUAGAAGGCUACCACCGUAGAAUUAAUGGAAAGGCUGGUAGAGGGAAUGUCCAGAUGUAUGUACUUAUUCCCCUUUUGUACGCGGAAAGUGAACUGGUAUCCAUUCAAGCACAACAAGUCAGUGAACACUUACUUACAAGGUACAGACGUCCCAAGUAUCGAAAGCUGCAUGAAAAACUAGAGAAGCUUUGGGAAGCAUAUGACACACGGGAGUUGAUAACCUCCGAUUUCCUCACAGAGGUUGCUAAAGUGUAUAUGUAAUAGAGAAAGUAUGCUCAUGUACUGUGCUCAUGUACUGAAAAGGAAAGCUAUAGACACUAUACUAUAGACUAAGACUAAGACUUUAUUAGUUCUACUUGAUUUGUUAUUGUUUUCAUUUUGUAUAUAUCUAGUGUAAAUAUUAUCUAUCUAUAUAUGUUGUAAAUAAUUGUUUGUUUGUGUUUUAUAUUUUUUCAAAUAAAGUUUAU